CAGAGAAACAUGCAUCUGUCUCCCAUUCUCCUCUGCGGUCUCCUCCUCAUCGUAAACCUGCAGCUGUUCAGCACGUAUCCCAUCAGCACCGGCUUGACUGACACUGACAUGGACAUCUUAAAGGUGCUGCUUCACAGACUAGAAGAGUCAGUUUCAGAGCAGACUGAGGUGGACCAGAGAGUCCCUGCAGAGCAGGAUGGUCUGGACAGCCUGAAUACUGAGGAGGACGGAGGUGAACAGCAGUCUCAGACCGGACUGGAUGUGGCAGCGAUCAGGGAAUUUCUCUCAGCCAAGAACCUGAAGAGCGUCCGCAACGACCCGUCGAGGAGGUCCUCCGGCUGCUUUGGUCGACGGAUGGACAGAAUAGGAUCCAUGAGCUCUCUGGGGUGCAACACUGUGGGCAAACACAGUAAGUUACAGUAA